AAGAUGGCUACCGUUCUGUAAAGCCUGUAGAGGGCGGGCUCACCGCCGGUACAUGAGAUACGUCAUAUCGCAAGUGUCUGCAGUGACGUCGGUUCGCCAGGCUACAGUCACGUCCGUCUGCAUCACUGCGGCAUCCGUCAGAUCUGACGUUUCGUCAAGAACAAAACGAGAUAUAUCGCGUGAGAAUUUUCUCGACUUGCACACUUAGUCGGCGUUAAUUUGCAAAAUGAACAGGCUCUUCGGACGCGCCAAGCCCAAGGAACCGCCACCAAGCAUCACGGACUGCAUCGCGGGGGUUGACAGUAGGGCAGACUCGGCAGAAAAGAAGAUAGCUAGGCUGGAUGCGGAGCUGAAAAAAUAUAAAGAUCAAAUGAUCAAGAUGAGAGACGGUCCAGCUAAGAACGCGGUGAAGGCCAAGGCUCUGCGUGUGUUGAAGCAGCGAAAGAUGUAUGAGACCCAAGUGGACAACCUGCGACAGCAAGCGUUUAACAUGGAGCAAGCUAACUAUGCUACUCAGACGUUAAAAGACACUCAGGCGACUGUAGUCGCUAUGAAGGAUGGUGUCAAGCAAAUGCAAAAGGAAUUUAAAAAUAUCAAUAUUGAUCAAAUUGAGGAUAUGCAAGAUGAUUUGGCAGAUAUGUUAGAACAAGCUGAUGAGGUACAAGAAGCAAUGGGUCGUAGCUAUGGAAUGCCAGAAAUUGAUGACGAUGAACUGGCAGCUGAAUUGGAAGCUCUUGGCGAUGACCUUGCUUUGGAUGAGGAUACCAGCUUCUUAGAUGAUGCUAUUAAAGCACCUAGUGCUCCAGACAAGGAGCCAGGAGCAAGUUCUAUCAAGAAUAAGGAUGGUGUACCAGUGGAUGAGUUUGGCUUGCCACAAAUACCUGCUAGUUAAAUUUAAGAAUACAUCAAAAUUUAUAGAUAAAGCAAACGUAAGCUUAAGAACAUUCGCAUGCAUGCCCAAAGACGUACAAUCCUUUAAGAACAAGUCAGCUUUUCUAAUCGACACUCAUGCGACACAAAUUAUGCUCUAACAUGUUUUAAUUUGCGCAAAAAAAAUAUAUUUAGUUUAGUCCUGUAUUAAUAGAUUUUUGUUACUAUCUUCAAAGUCACUAUUUUUAUUAAAUUAAUAUUAUCUUGUACAUAUAUAUUAAUAAACAUUGAUUAUAAAUACAGAGAAA